GCGCUCCGCGCUCCCCGCCGCCCUGCGCCGCCAGCUGCGCACGGCCGCGCCGCGGCCCGCCUUCGCCAAGGAGCUCUUCCUGGGGAGGCUGCGGAAGGAAGAAGUUUUUCCUUAUCCGGAAAUUACCAAUGAAGAACUAGAGGAAAUCAACCAGUUUGUGGGACCUAUAGAAAAAUUCUUCAAUGAAGAAGUGGACUCUAAGAAAAUUGAUCGAGAUGCAAAAAUCCCACCUGAAACUUUAAAAGGACUGAAGAACCUGGGUCUCUUUGGCAUGCAGAUUCCAGAGGAAUAUGGUGGUCUUGGUCUGUCAAAUACCAUGUACGCACGUCUGGGAGAGAUCACUUCUUUAGAUGGAUCUAUAGCAGUUACGCUGGCAGCUCAUCAAGCUAUUGGGCUGAAGGGAAUCCUCAUUGCUGGCACUGAUGAACAGAAAGCGAAGUACCUGCCUAAAUUGGCAUCUGGGGAGUACAUUGCAGCUUUCUGUCUCACAGAAUCAGGAAGUGGAAGUGAUGCUGCAUCCAUCCAGACAAGAGCAACCCUCAGUGAAGAUGGGAAAUACUUCUUAUUAAAUGGCUCCAAGGUCUGGAUAUCAAAUGGUGGCCUCGCUGAUAUUUUCACAGUAUUUGCUAGGACAGAAGUUGUUGAUAAAGAUGGAAAGCCAAAAGACAAAAUUACUGCUUUCAUUGUAGAGCGCGAUUUUGGUGGAGUCACCCAUGGGAAACCUGAGGAUAAAUUAGGCAUUCGAGGAUCCAAUACAUGUGAAGUGCAUUUUGAAAACACAAAAGUGCCCAUAGAGAAUGUUAUUGGAGAAGUAGGAGGGGGAUUUAAGAUUGCCAUGAAUAUCCUAAACAGUGGAAGAUUUAGCAUGGGCAGUGCAUCUGCUGGAAUGAUUAAAAAAUUGAUAGAAAUGACAGCAGAGUAUGCUUGUACCAGGAAACAAUUCAAUAAGAAACUGAGUGAAUUUGGAUUAAUACAGGAAAAGUUUAGUUUUAUGGCUGUGAAAGCAUAUGUAAUGGAGAGUAUGGCUUACCUCACUGCAGGAAUGAUGGACAGGCCGGGGUUUCCAGAUUGCUCAGUGGAGGCAGCCAUGGUCAAGGUGUUCAGUUCUGAAGGUGCGUGGACUUGUGUAAGUGAAGCCCUGCAAAUUCUAGGAGGCCUCGGCUAUAUGCGAGAUUACCCCUAUGAACGCUACCUCAGAGAUACCAGGAUACUUCUGAUUUUUGAGGGAACAAACGAAAUUUUGCGAUUGUAUAUUGCUUUGACGGGUAUGCAGUACGCAGGCAAAAUCUUAACUGAAAAAAUUAAGGAAAUCAGGAAAGGAAAUGUAGGAGUGGCACUAGAAGAGUUUUUAAGCAAAUUCCGGGACAUGAUGGGCAGAAAAGUGGAUUAUGGGCUAGUUGGUGAACGUGGAGUAGUGCAUCCCAGUCUUGAGGCAAGUGGCCAGAAACUUGAGGAAAACAUUCAUUAUUUUGGAACAUCAGUGAAAGGCCUGCUAAGCAGGUUUGGCAAGACAAUAGUGGAUGAGCAGCUGAUUCUGAAGAGAGUGGCAGAUAUCGUUAUUAAUUUAUAUGCAAUGACAGCAGCUAUUUCCAGAGCUAGCCGGUCUAUCAGUAUUGGUCUAAGAAAUCACGACCAUGAAGUGCUUCUUACAAAUAUCUUCUGCACAGAAGCGUAUUUCAAGAAUAAUUAUGCCAUAGCUCAAUUAGAAAAAUAUGCAGAUGAAAACCUGGAUGACAGUAUUAAAAAAGCUGCAAAGCAAGUGCUGGAAAAGAGAACCUAUAUAUGUUCUCACCCACUGGACAGGACAUUCUAAUUACUUCACUGACAGCAAAUGAACUGCAGAAAAUUACUUAUUGUUCAUUUACAAUCAUCAGGUUAAGCAUCUUGACAUCUUAAAAAUAACAAUUUAAUGAGUUAUUAACUGUAACUAUGUAAAAUAAAAUUGCCAACCCAACUUUAUACAAAGACGACUAAUAAAAUUUAUUUAAAUCUCCA